AUGGCAACCCUCCGCACCCCUCAUGCCAACCUCCCGCACCCCCCCCACGGCAACUCCACACCCCAUGGCAACCCAUCCCUCAUGGCAACCCUCCGCACCCCUUAUGUCAACCUCCCGCACCCCCCCACGGCAACUCCACACCACAUGGCAACCCAUCCCUCAUGGCAACCCUCCGCACCCCUCAUGUCAACCUCCCGCACCCCCCCCCCCCCACGGCAACUCCACACCCCAUGGCAACCCAUCCCUAAUGGCAACCCUCCGCACCCCUUAUGUCAACCUCCCGCACCCCACCACGGCAACUCCACACCCCUGGCAACCCACCCCCCAUGGCAACCCCACCCCCACCCACUCAAACGCAGGGCCUCCCCAGCUGCCUCUCAUUCAUGA